AUGUGGUCAAACUGUGGACAUGGAACCCAAUCAAGGACUCGGAUAUGUACUAAUCCAGCUCAAAAAUAUAGAGGUAUUUAUUGUACGGAAGAAAAUACUGAAAUUCGUCCAUGUUCGCCUGUUUGUGCAGGUGUACGUUUAUAUCAGAGACGAAGACGUUGUGAUAGUCCACUCCCAAACAAUGGUGGCAGGUCAUGUGUUGGUGAAGCUGUUGAAGAUGUGAUGUGUGAAGAUAAAUGUCAAGAUAUUCUACGUAGUGUUAACAAAGGACUGUCAACUGGAACUAUUCGAGGCCAACUGAGUAAUCAGAACAUUGGAACCAUUCAUCUUAAUGCUAAUCUGUCCACUUCUGCUUCAAAUCUUUCUACUAAUUACGAAUUCCAUUUAACUGAUGUACCAAUAGAACGUAGUCAAUGUUCACAAGCUUUAACUGAAAUUUAUUUUCCUGGCACUGGGUAUGCAGCAAAAGAGGUAUCUGGAGCGUCUAGUGGUCAUACAAUUAUGGAUACAUUGAACGGAAUCACAUGGGAAUCAGUUGGUCAGUUUGCUGAUGGCAGUACAAUGAAAAUGAGCCAAAGUGUAUUACGAUCAAAUGAUUCAGUUGUGUCACCUUCAAAUAAAUCCAUUGUUCAUCUGACAACGGAUAUUUAUUUAUCCAGAUCUUGUACAUCGUCUUUAAUUGAUCCUAAGACAACUUCAAGUCCUGAAGUUGAACUACAUGAUUUUCAUGAAAACCUGGUACAAUGA